GUGAGACAUAGAACUAUAAAAGAUGGACAAUUCAAUGUUUGAUGACACCGAAGUAGGUGAAGGAAAAGUUGUGCUAUAUCUCGGAAUAUUUGGAGGUGUUUUUCUGCUACUUUGUUUGAUGUGUUACUGCUGCAAUACCAAAAGCCACGACGACCAGCUAGUGGCCAGAAAUGGCGAAACAACAAACCGCUCAAACAUUCAGGACGAAAAUCAGCAGGAAGCAAUUAUAAGUGGUGUCACACUUGAAUCUGGAACACCAUCUCCACCUCCAGCCUACGAUACUAUCAUGAAGAAAGAGAAACAGUUUCAGUAUGACCAGAACCCUCCACCGUAUGAAGAUACAUUAUUAUGGCAGAACUAUCCCACUGUUCACAGUCUGGGUAUCCAUACAUCUUCAUUUCUAAACACGUCGCAGUAUCAAAUAUAUCCAACGUCAGUAGCACCAACGUAAGCCUCGUUUUUGAAUCAAGAAAUUUGGAAUUUAUAAAUAAAACACUGCACAGAUAUUUAACUGACUGGCUCCACCAGUCUUAUAACAUCUAGAUGGAAAGAACUCGGUGUGGAUGUGAUCCAGAUGUGUGGUGUUUAAUACAGGAAGUGUGAAGACAUGCCACACCAACAGUUUAUAUGUCCAAGCUAAAAAUAACGAAAGGUCAAAUCAAUCACACAACUGUUAAGACUGUGUUCAAGCUGUUAUGUGUAUUGUAACUGCAUUCAGAUAUAUUCCCCUUUUUAAAAAGCUUGGAAAAGCAGUGUAAAAAAAAAGGGGGUUACACCAAUUUUAAUUUCUUCAGGUAUAUUAUUUUGGACAAAAUUCAAAUUUUUCCUGAUUAUGAUAAUAUGUGAACAUACCUCAAAUAUUCACGAAGCAGCUCUACGUUCCACACAGUGGAUGACAAUAUCAGCUAUUACUUAUUUACGAGGUUAUAAAUUGUUUCCACAGUUACUAUGUCACUUGAGUAAGUGAGUAAUUUUUUGCAGAAACAAUGGUUUCUUAGUGCAAUAAGUGUAUGUAUAAUUGAAAAGUUUUUUGGUGAACAAAACUUGAAGAUAGCUUUUAUAUACGGAAACAUCUGUUAGCUGAGUUCUUGCACAGAUCUUAAAAUAUAACGU